AUGAAUGAAUUUCUCGAUAAAUAUGGAACCGAUACAACCACAAACUUUCAACUUAUGAGAUGGCCGAAUGAGUUAAAUAUAUCACCGUUUUAUUAUUGUAUGAGAGAUGAAAUAAAUGAUCUGAAAUAUAAGAAAGAGGAUAAGAUUGCAAAACAAAAAUUAGACAUUCAACAAUUGAUAGAUAACAUUCCAGAUGAAAAUGAAGAUACGUUUCAACAGGAAUUAAAUGCUAUGGAAACUAAACUUAACAGUGAAUUACAAAAAGAACUAACAAAUAUUAAAAAACAAAUACAAAACAUAGAUGAUAGCGAAAUCAAAACCUAUAUUCAACAACAAAUACAAAACAUAGAUGAUAGCGAAAUCAAAACCUAUAUUCAUCAACAAAUACAAAAUAUUGAUGAUAGUGUUAUUCAACAACAGAUAACCACUAUUAAUAACCUAGUUUUAAAACAGGACAAAAAUAUACUCGCAUUAGAAAAAAGGUUUCUCAAGAAAGAAUCAUAUUAUUUCAAUCUUCCAUUUGGAAAUUUGAGAGAUUACGAUGCUUCUAUUACUGAUAAUAGUGAUAAAUCAAAAGACUAUGAAUAUAAAAUAUUUGGAUUUACAGCAAAUAUUAGACUAUAUUCUGCUCCAAAACUAUAUAAAACUAUAGUAGUAUAUGUCUUUCGGAUAUGA